CCUCGUUCUUCCAACAUGAUGCUUCUCUUUGCAGCAGGAAAAAGAGCGACAUUGCGUCCAAAUGCUGUUUGUUCGCAAACCCCAAAAUUUCUCCAUCAAAAUCUUUUUCUCAACUUCAAUAUCAAAAUCAAAAUCAAAAUCAACUCCCAAUUGGAGAAGUCAAAUCAAAGAAACCCAACUAAUCUCCCAAGUUUCUAAAAUCUUGUUACAAAGGCACACCAAAUUUUGGAACCCACUUCUCAAGUCCCUCAAAUUUUCAUCCAGUUUUAGUCCACCGCUCUUCCUCCAAAUCCUCAAGCAAAUCCAAACCCACCCUGAUGUGUCCCUUAAUUUCUUCAAAUGGGCCAAGAAAAAUCUCAAUUUUGAACCGGACCUCCGAGCAUUGUGCAAGAUGACCCGGAUACUUUUCGGGUUCGGGCUGUCCAAACCCGCUAGACCCCUAUUGGAUAAAUUGGUUCGAGACUAUCCUCCAAACCUAUUUGUGUCUUCAUUGAUUAAAGGUUCUGACUUUCACCUUAUAUCCUUUACUCUAAGUGCUCUUCUUGAAUGUUUUUGCCAUAAGUGUAUGUAUUUGCAAGCUUUGGAGGUUUAUAAUAGGGGAAAAGAUUAUGGAGUUAUAGUUACUAUAGAUAGUUGUAAUGCAUUGCUGAAGUUGUUAAGUGAUGAAAAUGAGAUAAGAUUGGCUUGGUGCUUUUAUGGUUCAAUGAUUAGAAAUGGGGUUUUUGAGAAUCAGUGUACGUGGUCUUUGAUUGCCAAAAUUUUAUAUACAGAUGGAAAAUUUGAGAGAAUCGCCUGGGUUUUAGACUUGGGAAUUUAUACUCCCGUGAUGUAUAAUUUGUUAAUUGAGUGUUAUAGUAAAAAAGGAGAGUUCAGAGCUGCUUUUGGUUAUCUAGAUGAGAUGUGCAGUAAAAAAAUUGAGCCGAGUUUUAGUACUUAUAGCUCCAUUCUUGACGGGGCUUGUAAGUAUCAAGAUGCAGGAGUGAGUGAUAAAGUACUAAAUUCUAUGAUGGAGCUGGGUUAUCUCCCAGAAUAUCUUGUUUCUGAGUAUGAUUUUAUUAUUCAGAAACUUUCUGGUUUGGGAAAUACACAUGCUGCAGAUUUCUUCUUCAAGAGAUCUUUUGAUGAGAAGAUCCAACUACAACAUAAUACCUAUGGAUGUAUGCUUGAAUCAUUAUCCAAGGAAGGCAGAGUGAAGGAUGCAAUUGCGCUGCAUCACAUUAUGCUGGGAAGGAAAAUUGUGGUUAAUGAGAGUUGUUAUAGUGCAUUUACAAGUGCUCUUUGCGAAGAAAAUCCGUCAGAGGAAGUUAGCAAAUUGUUAGUUGAUGUGAUAAGAAGAGGUUUCAGUCCUGCAGCAGAACUUUCUAAAUAUAUUAAUAGACAAUGUGCUGAAGGUCGAUGGAGAGAGGUAGAAGAGCUCUUGAACGAAAUGCUUGAUAGAGGGUGUUUUCUAGAUUCUAUUUCGUGUGGUUCAUUGGUGAAACAUUACUGCUUAAGCAAAAAAAUCAAUUCAGCAAUAGCGUUGCAUAAUAAAUUGAAGGGAUUGGAAGGUACUUUGGAUGCAAGAGCAUAUAAUGUACUUCUCACCGGGCUCUUCGAAGAGAGAAGGGUUGAAGAAGCACUCGGGGUGUUUGAAUACAUGAGAACGCAUAAAAUGCUGAGCAGUGAAAGUUUUUCACUUGUGAUAAGAGGUCUCUGUCAGGUCAAGGAAUUGAGGAUAGCCAUGAAAUUACACAAUGAAAUGUUAGAGUUAGGACUUAAGCCUGAUGGAAGAAUGUAUAAACGACUAAUUUCUGGUUUUGGAUGAUUCCAAUCCUCUGAGCGGAUCAUAUUCAUUUCUGAUCUCUCAUUGUUGCUGGCUGGAGAUCAACGUAUAAAUACUGCUUGACAUGCCCUUUUGUCUGCUCAUUCUUCUGUGUAUGAUCAAAUAAUUUGACACCAGAGAGAGACAAAUUAAUCUAGGAAAUAUCGACACAGGCCCAAAUUCAAGACAUGGAUGAUAAUGACAAUGAAUCUUUUUCCGCUCACUCUAAAUGUGAAUGCUUGAGACAAAAGAGGUAAAAAAAAAAAAAAGAAGCUUUUGGUGAUGCUAUCAUUGAUGGUGUGAUCCAUAGUUCAUUGUCAAGACAAUGGAUAGAAUGGAGAAUAUAACCCAACAAAUAUUUGGAGCUCGUAACAACAAUUGUGAGUUCGAAUAGAGCCUCUCACUAGGAUUGAGUAUUAAGGAUGAGCUUCUAGCUUUUCAGAUAUUUGAAUACUUUUAAGGAUGUAAACUGAAUUUGUUUUUAGAAUUAUGUUAAGUGUAUGGUGUAUAUCUUUGUGUACAUUCCAUUGUAUUUCCAAAAAUGUUAGGCGGGAGGUGUGUUUUUUUUUAUAAAAAAAAUUGUCCAAUCAUGUAUCGUCACAUGACACAAAAUAAAAAAUGAUGUGCAUGUAGAUGAUUGUUGAUCUUACGCUUUUAAGAGAACAUAGUAGUGGUUGCACAGAAUUGUGUUGAAUGUUCACUUAUUUUGGAGAAUGUUGAGAACUUUGAAAACUUGUUUUAAAUUGUGUCGUCU